AUGAACAUCCUCCUGACUGGCUCAGCUGGUGGUGUGGGCUCCUCAGUACUGCUGUACCUCUCCUCUCAGUCCUCUAUUCAGCGCAUAACCUCCAUUGACCUCUUGCCUCUUCCCGAACCGAUCCUGUCCCAAAUCGAUCCCGAACAAAGCAAGAAAAUCACGCAUCACCUCGUCGACCUUACCGACUUCCUCGCUCUUGAUGCCCUCUUCGACACUGAGGGACCUUUCGACGGGGUUAUUCACCUAUCCGCUAUCCCGAAUCCGGUCCACUGGGAUGCUCGCAUUGUGCACAACACCAAUGUCAGCAUUGCGUACAAUAUCCUUCAGACCGCGGUCAGCCAUGGGGUGAAAAGGAUCGUUCAGGCCAGCUCUGUGAACGCUAUAGGGCUGCUGUACACACCGGAGGGGAAGCAGAUGUUUGAUGAGAUCCCCAUCUCCGAAACAGCACCGAUGAGAGCGAUGGACCCCUAUGCACUAUCGAAGCAGAUCAACGAGCUCCAAGCCGAACAUUUUGCUCGCCUUCACCCCACCGUCCGCAUCGCCUCCCUCCGAUUCCACCACGUCGUCCCGACCUAUUCGCUCGGCGCGAAAGACACGAGCUGGGAAGACAUGUUCUGCUGGGUCAGCACCAAGGCUGCAUGCGAGGCGUGUCUCCUGGGAUUGACGUCGGAAGGCUGGGAAGGGGCGGAAGUGUACAAUAUCGUCGCGCCGGAGAUCUGUUGGGAAGGAGGGGUGUCAGCUUCUAUCCCAGGGCAUGAGGACAUAAAGGGCAAGGUGGAGACGUUGGACUUGAUGGAGGUGGCGUGGAAAGGAAGAGUCGGGAGGGUGCGGGAGGAGUGGUGGGCGGGAAGAAUCAGGCGGAGCUUGUUCGACUGCAGCAAAGCCGAGAGACUGCUGGGAUGGCGGCACGAGUAG